AUGCACGGGGCCAAGCGACGAAUGUCAAUGGAUGGUGCGACCGCACACACGGCCAGAGCUUCGAUGGAUUUGUUGCGAGAAAAUCUCCCUCAAAAACUGAUUAGUCGCUUUGGGGACAUCCCGUGGCCACCGAGGUCACCCGACCUAACUCCAAUGGAUUUUUUUUUGUGGGGCUACCUCAAAGAGAGAGUUUACGCCAAUAAUCCGCGAACUGUUGUGGACUUAAAAGAAAAUAUUCGGCGAGAAAUCAGCGCAAUUGAACACAGUUUACUGCAGCGUGUGGCACGGAAUACGAGGCUCCGUUUCGAACAGUGUGUGCAACAGGAUAACACAGUAAACCCAGUGAACGGUGUGUACCAGGGACCAACGAACCCCUCACAGGCGCAUAUCAAAGAAGACUUAUCACCCCGCGUGGAAUUGGGCGCUGAAUGUCGAGAACUAGCCACGCCCACUUUACCGUUGACGCCUCUGGACUCGAUAGAUGCACCGAACUCAGCUGAACGCAACAACAUGAACAAUAAUAGUUUCCAACGAUUACCCGAAGAGGGCGCUGUCCGCAACACAGAGUAA